CGGGGGGCGGCAGCGAUGGCUCCGUGGCUGCUGUGGUUGCUGCUGGUGACCGGCACCGGGGCCGGCUGGGGGGCCCCCGCUGAGCCCCGGGCGUUACCGGAGCCCCCUCGGGCGGUACCGGAGCCCCGAGAGGUACCGGGAUCCCCCCAGGCAGUACCGGAGCCCCUCCGGGAGGUACCGGAGCCCCGGGACGUACCUGGAUCCCCCCAGGCGGUACCGGAGCCCCUCCGGGAGGUACCGGAGCCCCUGGACGUACCGGGAUCCCCCCAGGCGGUACCGGAGCCCCUCCGGGAGGUACCGGAGCCCCGGGACGUACCUGGAUCCCCCCAGGCGGUACCGGAGCCCCUCCGGGAGGUACCGGAGCCCCCUCGGGCGGUACCGGAGCCCCGGGCCGUGUCGGACGCGGAGCUCCGGGAGCUCUCGGAACAGCUGCUCGCCGCGGACACGAACCGGGCCGGGCCGGGGCAGCUGGAGCUGAACCUGCAGGGCUCGGGCAGGCUCUUUUCCCGGGUCUCCCCGGCUCUCCUGGCCGCCCCCACCGUCUCGGGGCUCGUUGCCCUCCUGGACAAUUACGAGCCGCGCACGGGCCGGGCCGAGGCGGAGCCGCCGGCGGAGCUGCGGGAGCAGCGGCGCUUCCUGGAGGCCGCGCUGGCCACGCCGGUGCUGGCGCUGCUCGAGCGCUUCGUGCUCCGCAAAGGGCUGUACCACUCAGCCGAGGCCUUCCGGGCCGAUCUCCACUCCAUGUGGUUUGGGCUCUACUCACGCUCCGGAGGGAAAGCUCUGGACUCCUGUGGCUUCGAGCACGUGUUCGUGGGGGAGGUGAAGAACAAUGCGGUGUCGGGGUGUCACAACUGGGUGCAGCUGCACUUGCUGGAGAAUGAGGGGAGGCUGGAGUACCUGGACUGCACCUGGGACGGGCCCUGGACGGCCUUCCCGGACGUGCUGUCGCUGCGGUUCCGCUGGGACGGGCACCUCAAAGCGCGGGGGUCGCUCCUGGUGGGCUCCAGCCCCGAGUUCGACCUGGCUCUCUUCACGCUCUGCUUCCUGGCACGGCCCGACAGCCAGUGCCACAUCAGCCUGGGGGGAGAAGCUGCCACCAUCCAGACCUACAGCUGGGAGAAGCAGCGCCUGGUGGCCUCGGCGUACCCCCUGACCCCCCAAUAGACCCCCCAGGACCCCCCAAUAAACCGCCCGUGACCCCACAGGACCCC